UUGGGUUCUGCAAUCCGUGCGUUCACAUUGGAGUCAAACCUGUAAUCAUAUGCUUCCGAGGGAAGAACAGGAAGAAGAAGAAGAUUCAUAACAAUUCCGUUUCUCUUCAAAAUCCCUUUCAUAAUUUCAUAAUUUCUUCCUGAAUUUCUCAAUUUGUUCUUCUUUCUGUUGCUGAUCUUCCCAAUGAAUGAUUCCCCCAACGGCAACGUGAGGAAGAUGAACGGACGAGAUGAAGCUGAUGAAGACGAUGAUUCAAUGCCCAAAAAUGGCGGAGGAAAGGAUUUCAAGGGAUUAGUUACUUCUCUGUUGCUGUUGGAUGAACAGGAGAGGUGUGACCAGGAAGAACGUGACAGAGCUUCCAUGGAGGCGAACAUUUCGAUGGAGGUCAAUCACCGGAAGAAGACGAAAGCCAUGCUUGAUUUCUACUCCGAAGUUCAAGAUUACUAUUCUGAAGUCGAACAAUCGGACCGUAUCAACCGGAAAAAAUCGCGAUUAGCAGCCAACUCUGUAGCGGUUGCCGCCGCUUCCGAUGGAUUAGAGAAAAUCGAAAUCGAAAUCGAAAAAUCAACCAAACGCGGCGGCGAUGGAGGUAGCAGCGGCGGCCAUCACCGGAGACUCUGGGUAAAAGAUAGAUCAAAAGCGUGGUGGGAUGAAUGUAACAGUCCGGAUUAUCCCGAUGAAGAGUUCAAGAAGCAAUUCAGAAUGAGAAGAGCAACAUUCGAUAUGAUUUGCGAAGAGCUUAAUUCCGCCAUAGCCAAAGAGGACACAACUCUCCGAACCGCCAUUCCCGUCCGGCAAAGAGUAGCGGUUUGCCUAUGGAGAUUAGCCACCGGCGAUCCCCUCCGAGUCGUAUCCAAGAAAUUCGGAUUAGGUAUUUCGACUUGUCAUAAACUGGUCCUCGAGGUCUGCACCGCCAUUAGAACAGUUCUAAUGCCAAAAUACCUCCAAUGGCCGGAGGAAGAAACUCUCAGAAGAAUCAAAGAAGAAUACGAAUCAAUUUCUGGAAUCCCUAACGUGGUCGGAUCAAUGUACACCACGCACAUUCCGAUCAUCGCUCCAAAAAUCAGCGUCGCAGCGUAUUUCAACAAGCGCCACACAGAGAGAAAUCAAAGGACAUCAUAUUCAAUUACAGUCCAAGGCGUGGUGGAUCCGAGAGGCGUGUUCACGGACGUGUGCAUCGGCUGGCCGGGAUCAAUGCCGGACGAACAAGUUCUAGAGAAAUCGGCUCUGUUUCAGAGGGCAAACGGGGGGCUAAUGAAGGGCGUUUGGGUAGUGGGGGGCUCGAGCUACCCAUUGCUGGACUGGGUUUUGGUGCCUUACACACAGCAGCAUUUCACUUGGACUCAACAUGCUUUCAACGAGAAGAUCGGGGAGAUUCAGAAGGUGGGUAAACAGGCGUUUGCUCGGCUGAAGGGACGGUGGCGGUGCCUGCAGAAACGGACGGAGGUGAAGCUGCAGGACCUGCCGAUGGUACUGGGAGCUUGCUGUGUUCUUCACAACAUAUGUGAAUUGGGGAAUGAAGAAAUGGAUGAAGAACUGUGUACAGAACUUCAAGACGAUGAAGUGGCGCCUGAAGUUGGGUUGAGAUCGGUGAGCUCCAUGAAAGCUCGAGACGCCAUUGCUCAUAAUUUGCUCCACCAUGGCCUUGCAGGGACUUCAUUUCUUUAGUCUCACAUUCUUUCUUCUUUGGGUAAGUGUUUUUUUUUUUUUUUUUUUCCUGUCUAAAUUAUUUUUUCAUAUGUUGUUGUUGUUUUGAAAGUGAAAUUACAAAGAAAUGUUCUUAGUUUAGGAUCAUAUAAAGGGUAGAUUAAUUACCAAAUACAUAACAGAAUGGAUUUUAAAUAAAA